AUGGCAGCCGUCAUGGCCAAGCCGUCUGGAACAGCCACGAAAAUGAAGAAACCCCCAACGCCCGUGUUACAGACGAACAUGAAUGGCGUUAAGCCGACGGCACCUUCAUCGUCGCCUUCAAGUUCCAGGAAAAGUCUACCAGGACAGAACCAAACUCCCACGUCUGCCACGAACAAUGGUACCGCGCUUAAUGGCACGGCAAGGCCGAAUCGGCGAAUGCAACGUCCGUCCACACGAAACACCACGGCGGACAAUGCAGUCGAGAAGCGAGUGCCAAAGAAGAUGCCGGAGCCAUAUGUACCAAAAGCGUCGUACAUUCUACGAAAGUUCAAAGGGUGUCCACCUUCCUUGAUCGUCCAUCUACACCCUACACACUUUCGCUUUGACCAGCAAGACGGAAGCUUCAGCUAUCACUCUGAAAUGCGAAUCUUUAUCGAACAUCUGGCGAAAGGCACCAUUCCGCACGACAUGGUGGAAGAGCUCCGGAAGUCGGACGUGAAAUACUACGAUGGAUGGCUCAUUGUCCGGGUUGUGGACCACAAGUCCGUCGCGAAGGAUGCCCUUGCAUCUGAUGCAGCGGCAGAUGACGAAAAGCCAUUCUCCAUACACAACUACAACCAAUACAUCACUCCCUCACCUUAUGUACCUUACCCUUCGAAGGAACAGUCAGUUGCCAGAUCACCGCCGAUCAAACACGAACGUCGAGAUUCCGCAACCAGCGAUGCCAGAGAAGCGCUUCAUUCUGACGACACUAUUGAUGUGGCGCCGAAGCCAUCGAAACCCCAGCCCAAAAUCUACCAUGUCGCGCUACGACCGACGAUCAUGUCUCGACAUAUGGACCUUGUGCUUGACGCCAUGGCACCGGACCCCAAAUCUGUCAACCGGAAGCAGUCCCAAGCCAAUACCUCCAACAGGCAGGCUGGUUCUGCAGCCCCUCAGACUCCCAUGUCGGGCGUGCCUCCGACACCGUCAACGGAGAAGGGACCGCCCCUGAAGAAACAAAAGCUGAGGAUAGACCCCAAGGAUCUUCUGGAAUAUGAGGGAAGAAUCACCAAUGCCACUGCUCCCCCAUUAUAUCUGAAUCCGGUGGAAAGCCUAGAGGAAGCCGAGACUCUGAUUGACACGCUGAAAGAUCCCCUUUGCGAUGCCAGGCCUCCGUCGCCCAAACGCCGGAAGAGGACAUUUGCGGAACUUGCGGCGGAGGAUGCUCAUGCGAAAGAGCAGGAGAAGUUUAUGCUCAUUAUGGACGAGCGUACAGCCGGUGGUACUGGAACCGCGAACUCCGGUGCUGUCGACGGCCAAGCUGCUGCAGCAUUGUUCCAACCGCGCUUCGAGAAGUUUAAUGCUCUCGAUAACAUUAAGAGAGAGAUCGCGGAGCGGAAACAGCGCGAGAAGGAUCGGCAGAUGCAAGAAGACGAGACUCGGAGGAGUCAACAAGAACGGUUGCAGGAAGAAGAGAGGAAACGUCUGAUGAUGCAACGAGCGCAAGAGGUCAAAGCCAUGCGUGCGCGGCAACAGGAGAUGCAGGCGGCAAUGCAGCAGCAACAGCAGGCGCAAGCUGCGCAAAGACCUCCGUCUCAACAUGUCAAUGGCAUUCCUCCAAACAUGCAGAGCCAGAUGCUCGCCGCCCAACAACGUGGCUCUCCCGUCAUUCGUCAAGGCACCCCUCUUGCGGUUUCAUCGCCGGUCGUCACUGGCCCAGGAGGCCAUCCUAUGGCUGUAUCAGGUUCACAACAAGGGCAUGGCUCCCCGGCUCGACCGGGCUCUGCGGUGCAACAUGGCCACCCCAGCGCCCCGAUGGCUAGAGCCCCUAGCGGACAAGAUCCUAGUCGUCACGGGACCCCACAAAUGCAUCACGGAACGCCAAGGAAUGCAACGCCAGUGUUACGACAAGGCACUCCCGCACAACAGAUCACUCAGCCAAGCCCCCACGGUAGUACCAUGGCUCCUACACCCCAGAUGAUGCCCGCAGGAAUGAUGCAGGGAGUGCAGGGACAACUUCCCAAUGGCAUUUCUAGACAAAUGAACCCGCAACAGCUCGCCGAUCUACAGCGUCGUCAAGCCAUGCAACAGCAAGCAGCAAUGCAACAACAGAUGGCUAAUGGUACGCCGCAGAUGUCACAUGCUCAGAUGGCACAGAUGCAAGCACAUCAACAAGCCCACGCAGAGCGACAAGCAGCCAUGCAACGACAACAAGCACAGCAAGCACAGCAAGCACAACAACAGCAACAGCAGGCAAUGCAGCAAGGUACACCUCAGAGCCAGCACAUGUCGCCCAAUCCCGCGCAGAGCCAAAUGGCGUAUAAGCAGUCCGUCGCCGAACAUGUCAAAGCUCAAAUGCAGAGUCUUCAACAUCACAAUCAAGGCCAUAGCUCACCCGCACCGAAUCAUAUGACCCCUCAACAGCAAGCCUCGCAGUUGGCGCAUGCGCAGCAGCAACAGAGAAUGGUUGCCGCUCAAGCCCAGCAAGCUCAAAUGAUGGGUGGCGGCGCUCCUUCUCAACAACAGCGGCCGCAAAUAAACCCUGCACUGCAGCAAUUGUAUCAAUCCACCCUUUCGGCCUACCAACAGCGUUUCCUGGGACAAGCUGCUGCUAAAUAUGGUGGUAAUACCAACAUGCUGCAGCCCAGCGAGCUCCAGCAGGUAACAACACAGGCCAAAAGUGCAGCCAUACAAGCGGUGCGCAGACGCCAGGCGGAGAUGUCCAUUCAACAAGCUCAGAUGCGCCAACAGGCUGCCCAGCAACAAGCUCAACAACAAGGCGGCGGAAUGCCUAAUGGGAUGAUGGGAAUGAAUCCAAACAUGGCAGCCGCUCUGCAGCAACAGCAGGCCCAACAGAUGCAGCAGAUGCAGAUGCAACAAGCUCAACAAGUGAUGCAAGCACAGCAGCAACAACAAGGGAUGCAGUAUCCGCAGAGAUGA